AUGGUAGUUCUGAGUCGCGUCGGGUCGCCGACGAUGUCAGCGACGGUGGCCGGGAACCAGCAACAGCAGCACCCUCAUCAAGAAUGGGACAUCAAUGACUCGAAUGUGCCGAGGGUGGUGGAGUACGAUCCGUGGUGUGAAUGGGCCGAUGGCCACGUAAGAAGGGUCUAUGGCCCAGAUUGCGAGGAGGCGAGGAGGCACGCCUCCGGUUGGGCGAUGAGGAACACGAACAAUCACAAUGUCAGUAUUCUGAAGAAAUCGUGCCUAGGUGUCCUGGUCUGCUCGCAGGAGUGCAUUCUACCUGGAGGCGGGAGGGUCCACCUUCGACCGGCAAUUUGUGAUAAGGCAAGAAAGAAGCAGCAGGGGAAACCGUGCCCAAACAGGCAAUGCACGGGUCGGUUGGAGAUACUUUCGUGCCGCGGCCAUUGCGGUUACCCCGUGACGCAUUUCUGGCGGCACACCGAGCACGCGAUAUUCUUCCAAGCGAAAGGACAACACGACCAUCCGCGGCCGGAAGCGAAGUCUACGUCUGAGGCGAGACGCAGCGUGGGUGCCGGAAGAAGGGUGCGAGGACUCGCGGUCCUUUUGGCCAACGAGGCCGCCUUAGGUUCAAAAUUAAUGUCGUUGAGAGGAACGAAAAGACCAAGUUCAGAGGCAAUCGAACAACCACCGCGGGCUACCCAACCACCGCCACUAAUUUCGGACAAAGGAUAUUGCUCUUGUUCCCCGUUCAACUGUAUGUGCGGCAUGCAGACCAACAUAUCAACGUACCAGCAAUCUCACCAACAACCGCCGGCGAUGUAUCCUCAGCAAACGCCAUCGAACGAGACGCCAUAUUGGCUGCAGGACGCAGUUCAGCCGCAAGAGAACACCUUAGGCUACAACCUACCUAUUCAAGUACCGCAAGAAGCAUCGUACCCGGACUUCCCCUCGUUCACCGGCGAAUUGUUCCAACCCGAAGAGAUCUUCCAAUUAGAUCAACCCCUGCGACCCGAGUUCCCCAUGAACUCGCAAGACGUGGCCAGGUCGCCGCCCACCUUGCUCGACCUGGGGAGUGGUACGAUCAAGUAUGAGAUCAAACAAAAUCAGGACCAGGCCUACUGGAACCAGUUCCUCAGCGAGGACUCGAGCAGCAGCCACUUGAGCAUGCCCCAGGACGACAGGCUGCAGUUCCCAGGCUUCGAGUCAGAGAAGGACUCGAACGGAUUCUGCGCGAAGAGACCGGUGAAUCACUUCGUCCCCGACAAGGAGAUCAACCAGAACCACCUGAACAACGCGAUGAACUUCCAAGAGUACCAACGGAACCAGAACCACAAGAACUUCGUGGAUGGAGCAGUGAAGAACGAUCAGCAAUCGGGCUACUGGAACCACCAGGACGACCGCUUGAACUUCCCCGGCUUCGAUCCUCAGAAGGAGGAAGACCUGAUGAGCUCGAGAAGGGACGCCAACUGCUGUCAACCCGGCCUGAUGGAAAGCUACAACGUGUACCCGAAGAAGGAGAACGGAGUGGCAGAUCCCGCCCGGCCCAAUCGUAGCCCGGUGGAGAACAAACAGUACGCUUACGACGGUUACAACCAGAUGUUCGAGCAUUCCGAGAACAAGAACUACAUGGCGAACCGAUGUCAGCAGAACUCGAGCCGAAUGGUCCUCGACGAGAGACUGCAGAACAAUUUCGGCAGCCACGAGACGUCCGACUCCACCGAGAGACUCUUCCCAGAUUCCAGCACCCUGGACACGUCGAUCCAGUCGCAGAACAGCUCUGAACCGUUCUUCUACCCCAGCAACGACCGGUGCCACUAUACCUGCGAGGUUCUGGACACGAGGCUGCCGCAGAUGCCGAUGAACGCCGGGAACACGCAAACGGGGAUGAACAAUUACAACGACGUUAACGUGAACGAACUCGACCUGCCGCCGUUCGUCGAUUACACCCUCGUAGGGAUGCUGUGCAGCUCCGCGGAGGAGGACACGUCGAACCUGUUGACCGGCUGCCAGCAGAACACGCAGACCUACGUCUCCCAUCAUUAG